CCGCAGAGCGGCCGCAGCCGCCGCCGGCAGCGCCGCGCCCGUCCCGGGGAGCGGCGCAGAGCCCCGGCGAUGUUCUCCGCGUGGGUCUUCCCCUGCAGCCGCCUCCGCCUCGCCGGCCGGGCGCCCGCUCGCCGGUCCGCGCUGCUCUGCCAGGGGGCGGCCGCUUCCCCCGCCCCGCUGGGGCUGCCGCUCCUCGGCGGCGCCCACCGGCGCCUCCUCACCCUGGGCGGGCUGAGCCCCUCGGCGGCGGCGGCCGGGCGGGGGGUGUCAGGGGCCGCGCCGUGCGGAGCAGGGGCGGCGGGRGGCGGGUUCCGUCCGUCGCGGGUGGCGGUGGUGGUGAAGACGACGCGGUACGAGUUCGAGCAGCAGCGGUACCGCUACGCCGGGCUCUCCGAGGAGGACCUCAAGCAGCUGCUUGCCUUGAAGGGAUCUAACUAUGCUGGUCUGCUGGAGCGGCAUCGCAUUCAUACAAAAAAUGUGGAGCAUGUUGUGGACAGCUUACGGAACGAAAGGAUAGAAGUUCGUCUUGUUAAGCGUCGAGAAUAUAAUGAAGAGACAGUUCGGUGGGCAGAUGCUGUUAUAUCAGCAGGAGGUGACGGUACAAUGUUGUUGGCAGCCAGUAAGGUUUUUGACAAAUUUAAACCAGUCAUCGGAAUAAAUACUGAUCCUGAAAGGUCAGAGGGUCACUUGUGCUUGCCUGUGAGAUACACACAUUCGUUUCCUGAAGCACUACAGAAGCUUUAUCGUGGUGAGUUCAGGUGGCAGUGGAGGCAAAGAAUCCGAGUGUAUCUUGAAGGAACUGGAAUUAACACAACCCCUGUGGAUUUACAUGAACAGCAGCUAAGCCAAGAGCAACACAGCAGGGCUCACAUAAAUGAAAGAUUCCAGGAUCAAAGGUCUGACAUUUCUGGUCCACAUCUUUUACCAGUGAGAGCACUCAAUGAAGUCUUUAUUGGGGAAUCUCUUUCAUCCAGGGAGAACUUUAAGUCCUGCAAACCCAGUUUUAAAUUCUCGCUUCAUAGGGCCUCCUAUUAUGAAAUAUCAGUUGAUGAUGGUCCUUGGGAAAAACAGAAGAGUUCAGGGCUUAAUGUGUGUACUGGAACAGGAUCUAGAGCAUGGUCCUAUAACAUUAACAGGGUUGCGCAUCAAGCUAUUGAAGAGAUCCUUAAUGUCGCAAAAACGCAYGGAAGUUUGAAUAUGCCAUUGAACACGGAACUAGUACAAAAAGUAACAAAUGAUUACAAUGAGUCUCUGCUCUACAGUCCAGAGGAACCAAAGAUGUUUUUCAGUGUUCGAGAGCCUAUUGUAAACAGAGUUUUCUCAAGUAGCCGUCAGCGUGGCUUCUCUUCAAAGGUCUCAGUCCGUUCCCGUUGUUGGGAUGCUUGUAUGGUUGUAGAUGGAGGAACAUCUUUUGAGUUCAAUGAUGGGGCAAUAGCUUCGAUACUGAUUGACACAGAGGAUUCACUGUGCACUGUUCUGCUGGAAGAAUGAAGGACUCUUGUGUCAUUUGCUGAAACAUUUAUGGAUCCAUAGAGGGAAAUCAUGGGGAUAUCACAAUGCUGCAUUAUAUUGGAAGUUGGCCUUUUUGGAUGCAAGAGCAUUUGAGGAAGCUUGAAAUGCUUUUCAUUCCUUUGGGUUGGGGAAACAUUAGCCUGAUAUUUAAGCUCUUUUUGCAUCUAGUGUAAAGUAUGUCUGAAGUGUUACCUCUAACUUCAAUGAAAAUUUACAUUUUAACCUGUAAGGCAAAUAUGAAAACUUUUUAAACACGGUAAAUGGGUUCAAGUCAGUAGUAUUAAAUAUUCAGAUGUACAGUUUUUUAGUAACAGUCUGGGACUGAUGAAACUAAAUACCUUCAUACAUACACUUUUGUAGAAAAGUUGACUGUCAAUCUAGCAAUUUGAUGAAAGGAUAUAUAGAUUUUCAUAAACCAUGAUGUUGGUGUAAAAGAAAUGAAAAUACAAAUCUUUUGUAUGCUUUUCAAAAAUUGUACAACUUUGUAGUUUCAUACAACUUGUGGCAAUUUUUUUUUGUUCUUCCAGUAUUUUUUCUACUUUGUAGACUUACAUGAAAAGUCUGAUUUAAUACAUCUUGGAUGAGGUAGCUUUUACUUUUUCUGUUUGUCUAGAUAGGGACUYAAAGCCCAAAGGUUUUCUUGAGCCCAUCAUCAGGAAUAUGCAAACUAUAGAAAUCACGUUGGAGUAAGAUAUAUUCCUUCACUGAAUGGAUUAACUAGCAAGCAGAUGAUCAGUGACACUAGCAUAUGUAAGUGGCUAUCAUUAAGAAAUAUAUUUGGCUUUAUUAAGUUGAAUGGUUUGAAAUUUUAGGUUCUGAAUUUCUUGUAAUUAAAGAAGAAUGAGAUAUGCUGGGUAGUAGGAAUUGGAGCACAAGCUAAUACCUGUGUCUUCCAGUUUUCCCAGCAUGUUUUUACCUUCUUCAGAAAAUUUUAAUUUCCAAUCCUAUGCUGAAUUUUACUUAUAUGUAAAUUGCAACACAUUGAUUUCACAUCUCUGCUUAUGUUAGGUAAGCAAGUUGAAAAUAGAAAGAAAAAAAUCGCUCUGAUUAAAGAAGAGCAAGUGACCUUUUCAAUGUUUUAGAGAAACUGUGAACUGUGACUGCCUUUUGAAGUCUGUGCUGGUAAUUGCAUAGGUGAGGGGCAAAAUUUGACAAAACAAAUAUUCCUAUAGMAGGACCUCUUCUGCUGCAUAACUUGAAGAUAGCACGUUUUGUCUACAUAUUGGUUUCCAAAAGUCAGGUUUUUUUCAAAUGACUUUUGAACGAAGAGACUUCUGUAACAGAUGUUCUCAGGUCUAAUGGAAAUGUUCUCCAGUGUGGCCAAUCAGUCUAUUUAUUGCCACUUGCAAAAUGUAAACUGCUCUUUGUUCGUGAAGGAAAAAUGGACAAAGGGUUUUUUCCUUCUAGACUUAGAGUGAAUAGAAUUUAAAACAUAGAGGAUACUGAUUUGACCAGACCAUUCAGUUUUAGGAAAAUGUGAAAUUGGUUAAGAUUUCUGAAUAAGCUAUCACUGUGUUCAUUUCACCUUCUAAGUGUGCCGCAGUCAUUUACACUGUCUGGUUGUCACGCUUGCAGACCCAGAGGGGAAAAUCAAAGUAGCAAAAUAAGCUUUCAAAAGUUGGUAAGUUCAGGAACUAUCCGAAUAAUGUGCAAAGCUUGUCGAAAGGUAAAGACACAAAAGACUAAUCUUUCUAUAUGUUGUGUGCACAUGGAGUAGGGUGUUCUACUUAUUCUCAGUCCAUCUGCAACCAAUUAAGGAUUGUUUAUUAUGUGCCUCUGUCAAGUACACUAGUCAACAUGCUGWUAGGAUUCAAAAAACCCCCAAACCCACCAAUGCCAUUAACACUACUUUAUUACUUCCUAGGACUCUAGCACUCUUAGAUCAGAUUUAGGUACUGAAAACACCUGGAUAGCAAAUCUAUGGCAGAUAUCCCUGUUUAUUUAGACAUUUGUGUGUUCUAAUGUUUUAAUGAAGACUGAUUAGUCUGAUCAGUAAGUAUACCUCUUAGACAUGCCUGUCAUUCCUUAUUAUGAAUGUCAAGACUAAAAGGCAGUGUUUUCAGGCCUUACAGACCCAAAGCAUGAUCUGGUUUAGGACAUAUAAAACUUCCACUAGUUCCUAACUUACAAAAUGGAAGCUUGACCUACUCAUGAGCGGCCUCUACUGGUUUUGUCUGUAUUUAAUUGCACUUCUGUUGAAGCAUUUACUGGUGAAUGCUUAAUUUGACUAGAAUGAUUCAGAAAUCUGUAAUUAAUAGUAAGAAGCUACCCUUUUUAUUAAAAGAACUGUAGGACCCUUUUUAAGGACCCUUUCCUACAAAGGAUUGCAGUACAGACAACUUACUUGGUAGACAGUAUUCCAUGACAGGACUGAGUAUUGGUUUAACACUGAUUUAAUCUGCGUGGACUGGCAGUGAUCUUUGCACCCCUUCUACCUGCUGAGUCAAGUCCAUGGUCUUUUAAUUUAGUGCCAGUCUGCACUGUGUUCUGCUAAACUAGACCUGUCAUUCUUUGCUUUUUUUUUCCAAGUGGUGUUUAUACAUGAUGUAAUAAAAAUUAUAAGGUUAAUUGUUAAAUGAAGUUA